CAGAUGGUACAUUCCUCUGGUACAGCAUUCAGACGGGAGGGCCGUUCUCCGAGCGCAAGAGCUGCUGCUGGCAACCUUCUUGGAGGGGCUUCCCGAGAGAAAGGGCUCACCCGGGCUGGGCAGAAAGGACCCGCAGCCUGGCACCAGGCCUCGCUUCCCCCUCCUCUCUCGGGUGGCAUGACACUUUUUGGCAGCAGAGAAGGGUGCUGGAGAUAUUUAGACAUGGCCCGGGAGCCUAAGCUGAGCCAUACCCGGCCUGGUCAGAAGAGACAGCAUGGUGGAGGCCUCUAUCCCAGCAGCUGUGACCUCGACUAUGACGACUGUGAGCUUUUUAAAGAUGAUUUGCCAUACAGGGUUUACGAGUACCAAAAGAUCCCUCCUCUUAUCAGCCACAUUCCCAUCAAGUCCAGACGGAGCCACCUAGGGACUGGGAGCAAGACCAGCCCAGGCCCACAUUCGGGGCUGAGGGGCAACAGCAAUUCCACAGCAGGUCGUACAAAAUUGAGAGCAGAAGAGCUGCACUCCAUCAAAGGAGAAUUAAGCCAGAUUAAAGCCCAGGUGGACAGCUUGCUGGAAAGCCUGGAUCGGAUGGACCAGCGGCGGGAGCACCCAUCAGGUUCCAAGGAGAGCAAGAAGAAAGCUCCCGCCAGUGCAGAGGCCGCAUAUCUGGGAGGGGACUCUGCCCGGCGGAGGGAGAGCACAGAAAGUGACAAGUGUGGCCCUUUGCAGGACAUUGACAGUGAGGAGGAGAGCACAGAUACUGAAGAGGCUGCGAGAAAUCACACGUUGGAUCCCGAAAGCAGCAAGUAAACAGGCCUGGAGGGCUGCAACCCCUUACCUAGCAUUUCCUUUCCUGUGUGUUGUAUUUCUUUCAAUGCCUCCAGCAGGUGCUGCCAUCAGUAGCCUGCAAGCAGUGCUGGUGUAGAGAGAGAGAGAGAUCCGUGAUGGUCUGACUAGCACCUUCGCCUGGUCUGGCAGCGAGAGCCUCCUGACGUGUCAAGGAGCAGCAGCUUGGUGUUCUUUGUUGUGAAAAUUAAAAAUAUGCUGAUGUAGGAGAAAAAGUGGGAAAAUGUGACUGCACAAACCAACUCUUACUUAAGCAGAAAUAAAGCAGUAGCUAUCUCCUACA